AUGUCGGAACAGCAGGACACCACAUCGGAACACACAUCGAAACGGGGCAACAACCCCAAGCACAGAGGCGGCUCUAAGAAGAAUAGCAAUACAGCCAAUGGCGGUGGGCUCUCGCAUGAGCUUAAACAGAAAUUCCAAACUUUGACAGAGUUCUUCCCAGAUUGGUCGUUUCAAGAUUUUGUGACGAUUCAAGAAGAGAUUGCGAACGUCGACAUAACUGAAAUAUCUGAAGGCAUACUGACAGGGAAAAUCCAAAAAUGGGACCAGGUGGUGAAAAAGGACGAAAAAAAGAAGUCUCAACAUACUGAAGAGCACCACGACGAGCCAUCGGCUCCUGCUCCUGUGCAGAUAGGUAAAAAGGCUCAUCAACAAAAUAGAUUUGUCGGUUCGAAGCCAAGACCAGCGCAUAAACAGAAAGACUCGACACCACCCGCAUCUAAAGUGUCAAAACAGCCUGCUUCGUCUGCAACUAGCGCCGCUCCAGCUCCUCAUACCGCCUCUUCUCUACCUUCCCAAGGCUCUUCGUGGGCCAGUGCGCUAGCACAGAAGCCUGCGAAGGCUGCCAAGGUGCCUGUGAAGGAAGAAGUACCAUCUGAGCCCAAGCCCACCGAUAAACCUGUGGUGAAGAAAGAGACUACCAAAGAACCAGUCAAGAAGAAAGAGCAUGUUCCAGCUCCGGUUUCCGAGUCCAAGCCUUUGAGCUGGGCUGCUGCCGUGGCGCCAAAGCCAAAGAUUGCAAAGAGACCGGCUCCGGAGCCCAAGAAGGAAGAACCUGCUGUCCCAGCACCGGAGUCUGUGGUUGGUCAGAAACAAGCUUCUCCUGAAAUCGCUAAGGAAACUUCUGCCCUCAAGAACACUAAGAAACCCAUUCAGGGCGCUCCAGUGGUUCUUCCAUCUUCGGCUACCCAGGUGGGUUCGGUGGAUGGCAUUUCUUUCGGAUCGAUGACUUUGAACGAUAAAGAGGAGGAAGUCGCGGAGCAACCAGCCCAGCCAGCACAGCCAGCCCAACAGGUUCAACAAGCACAGCCAGCUCAACCCUCUCAGCCUUCCCAAAGCCCUCAAAACGCACAGUCCGAAUACAACAAGAACUACAGAAACAACAGCCAUUACAACAACUACCAACAACCACAACAGCUCCCACAGCAGCAACCACAGCAGCAGCAGCAAAAAGCUUACGACCCAUCCAACUACUACGGCGGACUCUCGGACCUCAACAAAUACCUGCGUUCUCCAGCAGCCAACGGCCAGUCAUACGAUCAACAGCAGUACCAGCAAUUAUUCAACCAGCAACAACAGCUUCUGCAACAGCAGCAGGCUCUUGCUGGUGCCAAUCCUGCCGAGAUCAAUCCACAGUCCUCGGUCGCUAACUCUAUGAACCCGCCCUCGUCACAGGUCCAGGCGCAGCCUCAGGCUCAAGCACACGCUGCUGCCGCUGCCUCUCCAAUGGCCCCAGGAAUGAGCAACCCUAUGAUGGGAAUGCCAGCCUCCUACUACCCUUACUUCAACUACUACCUUCCAUUCUAUUCCCAGCCUAAUCCUGCUGCCAACCAGUUCUACAUGAAUUACCAGGGCCAGCAGUCUCCAUCCCAGGCUGCUCCUCCACAGCAGAAUAGUUUUGGAAACAGCUUCCAGAACAAGGUUUACGGCCACCAGCAGGCUGCUGCCAAUGGUGGCGAGGACGAGAGCUCGAAGACAGCUGCCGGGGCACAGGGUGCUCAACAACAGAUGAAUUCAGCCAUGUUGAUGCAACAGCAGUAUGCCCAAUACCAGCCACCAGCUCCAGGAUCGCAAGCAGGUGCUCCAGGUUUGGCUGGGUCUCAGAUUGGUGGUGUGGCAGGCGCAGCUACCGGAGCGGGCGUGUCAAACACUCAGGCUUACCCAUACUACCAAAAUCAGUACCAGUAUCCGGGAGCUGGUGAUUAUGGAAACAACACCAAGGGCUGGUUUUAA